AUGAACUUGAAGAAAUCUUUGUUUCUUUGCGUGCUAUUGACGAUAGUGGUUAAAGGAGAUACUGCUAUAAAUUAACCGAGCAAUACUGAUUAGGGACUUAACUCGAAUAAUCCUCAAUUUGCGUGUACUAAGGGUAAUGGUUGUUUUGCACAAUAGGGUCUUACUUUAAUGGACAGAUCUGUAUGCCAUGCUAGCAGAUAGCUGGAGGGUAUUGUACUUGCACAAGUGCAAAUACAUGCAAUUAUGUAACAUGUUCGGAUGGAUAUUAUCAAAUCGGAUUAACUUGUAUUAAACACCCUGAUACCAACUGUGUAAGAGGAGGUUUUUCAGCAGACGGCUCAACCAUAGUGUGUUUCCAAUGCAAUGGGUAAUCGACUCAAAUAGGUGGAAUAUGUGUUUAAAAUAACAAUUGUAAAACCUUUAGUAUAAGCACUGGUAUCUGCACUGUUUGUUCCGAUGGAUAUUACAAUGUAUUCCCAACCUACACUCCAGAUGAAUUCAAUGGAGCACAAACUACUUUUGACUACUCCACCUAUUUCCAAAGCUUUAACUCUUGUUUGCCUUGCAAUCAGUAUUGUGCAACCUGCCAAUCGGAGUAUAAUUUCAUGUUCAUCACUUUUUAGCACAUACUGUAAUUCCUGCGUCAAAGGCUACUAUCUGAAUAAUAACCAAUGUCUUCGUUGUUAGGACAAGUUAACCAAAUGCAACGCUUGUCCAGAUGAAACCAAAUGUACUGAAUGCGCAGUUGGAUCCUACCUCAGUAAUGGUAGUUGCAUUCUUUGCACAACACUUGAUCAAAAUUGUUCAGCCUGCUCAGACUCAUCAACAUGCACCUCUUGUGUUUCUGCUGCCUACUAUACAAGUGGACAAUAAUGCAUCCAAUGUUCUGACACUAUCAGUUACUGCAAAUAGUGUUCAAGUGGAUAAAAUUGCACAAAAUGCACAACAGGAUUCUACUUAAAAAGUGGUGCAUGUUUCUUGUGUUCUACCUAAAUGGUAAGUUGCAUGACAUGUUCAGAUGGCAAUACCUGCACAUCCUGUUCAGAUGGAACCUUCCUUGAUGGAACUAAAUGCUCAAAAUGUACUCUAGCUGUUAGCAAUUGCGAAUACUGUUUGAAUGGAACCACAUGCACUACUUGUAAACCAAAAUACUAUCUGAAUAAGAAUGCCUGUAAUGCUUGUUCAAAUAGUUGUGAAAAUUGUAUAAACUCAUCAACUAAUUGUACAUCCUGUUCAUCAGGUUACUUUUUAAAUGGAGCUACCAACACAUGUGACUUGUGUGAUGCAAAUUGUUUGACAUGUUUAAGUGCAGCCAAGACCUGUACUUCCUGUGUCCCAGGGUAUUUCAAGGAUGGAGACAAAUGUACCGAAUGUUCAAAUAAAUGUUUUACUUGUGUUGAAUCAGCCACUAAGUGUACAGCAUGCUAUGUUGGCAGAUAUUUUAAUAAUAAUAAUUGUUUGCCCUGUUCUAAUACAUGCACUGAUUGUGAGACCUCAGCUACUGAAUGUACUGCUUGUUCAAAAGGUUCUUAUUUGAAUAGCAAUACUUGCUCAGUUUGUUCAAUCACCUGCUAAGAAUGUAAAGAUUCAGCAACUAAUUGCACUAAAUGUUAUGAUGGAAAAUACUUAAAUACUAAUUAAUGUAUCACUUGUGAAUUUCCUUGUGUGAAUUGUCUUAGUAAAACAGAAUGCUAAUCCUGUGUUCCAGGCUAUUAUCUAAGCAACACUGAUUGUGUUAAAUGUGCCUACCCUUGUUCCACUUGCGGUACUGAUGGUAAGUGUACAGAUUGUGUUGCAGGGUAUGAAUAUGAUGGUUCUAAUUGUUAAAUUUGUUUGAAACCAUGCACUACAUGUUAGAGUUCCUAAAAUGGAUGUCAAAGCUGUGUUGUAGGCUAUUAUUAACAUGAUAACACUUGUUCAUAAUGUUCCAACGAAUGUGCUGGUUGUAUUACAAGUGCUACAAAUUGUACAAGUUGUUAUGCAGGAACAUACUUAAAUAGUAAUACGUGUGCUUAAUGUACAUCACCUUGCGCCACUUGCAAAGAUUCAGCCACAUCUUGUCGAUCAUGUGUUCAAGGAUUCUUUUACACUGGUGAUCCAAAUUACACUUGCACUGCUUGCUCAAAAUCAUGCGUGGCUUGUACAGUUGAUGCUAACACUUGUUCGUCAUGUCAAAGUGGAUACUUCAAAAGUGGAGGUGCUGAUGGUCCUUGCAAUGCUUGUACAAGUCCUUGUUCGACUUGUUCAACCUAAGCCAAUUCUUGUGACUCUUGUGUCGAUGGGUAUUAUUAAUCUAGUACUACUACAUGUGAUCUUUGUAAAGCCCCUUGUGCUAAAUGCGUCAAUAAUUAAGAUAAAUGUACAGGUUGUGUUUAUGGAUACUAUUAUUCUGAAAAUAACAAUUCUUGUACAUAAUGUACUUUACCAUGCACUAAUUGUGUUGCUUCUUUAACUGAUUGUUAAGCCUGUGUUCAAGGUUAUUAUUUGAGUGCUCCUGGCACAUGUACUGAGUGUCCAGUUAAUUGCACUGCUUGUGAUUCUGCUACUUCAUGCACAGGUUGCGUUGAUGGGUAUUAUGUCAAUGGUAGUAAAGUAUGCACUCUUUGCGCAGCUCAGUGUGCUAAAUGCAGUGAUGCCAAUAACUGCACUGGUUGCGAUAUUGGAUUCUUCUUAGAUAAAACUAAUCCAAAUGCAGUUACUUGUACCAAAUGUACAAAUCCAUGUUAUGGUUGUGUUGAUAAUGCCACUAAAUGUACAGUUUGUGAUUCAGGUUUGGUAUUAGACGAUGUGAAUCAUACAUGCAACCAAUGCUCUCCGGAAUGUACUUCAUGCAGUUAAUCUGAUCCUAAGAAUUGCUAAUCUUGCUCUCCUGGAUAUUAUUAUAAUAAUAACAAUUAAUGUCUAUAGUGUAGCAAUUUAUGUAAAACCUGUUCUUAAAACGAUAAAAAUUAUUGUACGGCUUGCUAUGACGGAUUUUAUCAACCCACUGGGUAAAACACAUGUAAGGUUUGCAUUGAGCCAUGUAAGACUUGUAAAAAUUCAACUUCAGGAGAUCAGUGUUUAUCAUGUUAUUCUGGUGAUUUUUGGGAUGAUACUAACUUUUUAUGCAAACAAUGCUAAUAUCCUUGUGUGUCUUGUACAAAUUUAACUACAUGUAAAACUUGUGAAAAAGGAUACUUCUUAACAGAUCCUAAUACCCCAGGAACUUGUAACAUUUGUGAUGCCAAUUGCGAUGCUUGUGAAAAGACUAGUACUAAAUGUACUGCCUGCCCAAAUGGAUACUACGUAUCCUCUACAAAUAUUUGUAUUAUUUAUACAAAAUGUACUGGUACUGAGUGUGUUAGUGGAUAUUAUAUGGAUUCAAAUAGCAAUUGCGUGUAAUGUGCAAGUAUAUGUCUCACUUGUAAUGCAAGUGGCAAUAAUGCUUGUCUAUCUUGUCCUAGUGGAUCAUAUUUGAAUGCAGCAACAUGCACUAAAUGUCCAAAUAAUUGUACUGGAUGCACAUAUAACAGUGCCACUUCAUCAGUAGAAUGCAGCAGUUGUGUGACUGGAUACUACGUCAAUAAUAAAUAAUGCACAAUUUGUGCUAAUUAAUGUUUGGAAUGUGAGACAACAGCAAACAACUGUACAAAUUGUGAUACUGGUUUUUGGAAAAAUACAUCAUUAGCAUCCGAUCAAUGUUAACCCUGCUUAUAUAUAUGUAAGACCUGUGACACAGCAGCUAAUUCAUGCUAAAAUUGCAUCGAUGGAUAUUAUCCUAAUAAUAAUGCAUGUUCAGUGUGUCCACUCUCUUGCACAAAAUGCACUGCUGCUGAUAAUUGUACUGAUUGUGCUAGUGGAUAUUAUAAAAAUUAAGUAGAUGCAACUCACUAUAAUUGUUUACAAUGCGUGAGUCCUAUGGUCACAUGUGAAUCAGCUUCUACCUGUACUACUUGCAUGACAGGAUAUGUAUGCAACAGUGGUAGUUGCGAUUAAUGUAGUUAUGCUUGUUCAACUUGUUCAGGAAAUCCCACUACAUGUGAGAGCUGUGUUCCUGGAUUUGUCAAAAUGGCAGAUAAUACAUGUAAAGCUUGCACUUUCCCUUGUCUUACAUGUACAGGUGAAGACCAAACAAAGUGCGAUUCAUGCCCCCCCGGAUACUACCCAAACAACAAUUCCUGUAGUUAAUGUCCAAAAGCAUGCUUAACUUGUUCCGAUUAAAAUACUUGCACAAGUUGCAUUGAUGGGUUUUAUAAAAAUGGAGCAGCUUGUACCUAAUGUUAACUACCAUGUCUCUAAUGUACUACAUAAACAGCAUGUAAGACAAGUUGUAUCGAUGGAUAUUUCUUAUCUGGGACGACUUGUUCAGCUUGUCCUAACAAUUGUUUAAAAUGUUCUUCAACUGAUCCAGGAAAUUGUUCAUCUUGCAUCACUGGAUACCAUCUUGAUUCUGGAGAUUGCAAGUCUUGCAGUCUAGUCUCACCAUCUUGUUUAGAAUGCCCAGAUAGUAAAACUGAAUGUUCCAAAUGUCUUGGCGGAUACUAUCCUGAUAAUAAUACAUGCGAAAAAUGUACUAGCAAUUGUCUCUUGUGUACAAAGGCCUCCUGUACAACAUGUCUACCUGGAUAUUAUCCUAAUGGCACAACUACUUGCUAACAAUGUACAAAACCAUGCAAUGUUUGUAAUUCAGCCACUGAAUGUACUGAUUGUGGCGAUGGCUUCUUUCUUAAUGCUAGCAAAGAAUGUCAAGAAUGUUCCGCUGUAGGCUGUCUCAAGUGUCCCUCUGACACAUGUGAUACUUGUUCAACUCAAUUGAUUAAUGAUAACACAUGUUCUCAAUGUCAAUUACCAUGUGCCACUUGCAAAUCAACCGGACCAACAAAAUGUCAAACUUGUGUUACUGGAUUUUAUAUAACAACUGAUACUUGUAAUGUGUUCGUUUUCCCAUGCAAUAGUUAUUCUUCUGAUGGCAAUGGAACUUGUUAAGAUUGUUUUGCUGGUUAUUAUCUUGAUAAUAGUAAUGCUUGCUAGCCUUGUAAUGCUAAUUGUAAAGUUUGCUCAAACUAAUCUGCUUCACAUUGUACAAGUUGUUAAGAUGGUUACUUUCCAAGUAGUAAUCAAUGUCAACCUUGUAGUGCUUCUUGUACAACCUGUGUCACAUCUGAUACUAACUGCUAAGUAUGUGCAACUGGCUAUUAUCCUUCAGCAACUUUACCUGCCACUUGCAACAAAUGCCCUGAUAAGUGCACAACAUGUACUGAUUCAAACACUUGCCAAGGGUGCAGACCUGGAUUCAUAAAGAAUGGAUCCUCUUGUGAUUAAUGUACUAGUCAUUGUUUGACCUGUGAUCCAGAUGUAAGUACAUGUGAUUCUUGUAUCCCUGGCUUUUAUCAAACUUCUUCAACAUGUACUUAAUGUAAAGUAGGAUGUCUGGCGUGUGACGAUGAUACGACUUGCACAGCGUGUUGGAGUAGCUAUUAUAAAAGCGGAAGUAAUUGUAAAAAUGAUUGUUCUGGAGAUUGUGCAACUUGUACCUAUUCUAAUGAAGUUCAAACAUGCCUAACUUGCACAGCUGCAAACAAAUAUCCAGAUCCAGCCAAUCCUGGAUAAUGCAAAGCAUGCGUGCCUGGAGAUGAUUGCAGCAGAAAUUGUGUUGAAAAUUGUACUACUGAUCAACCAGAAUGUGAAAACAAUGGAGGAUAUUACAAUGCUGGACCCGCCUGUACUAAAUGUACUGCUCCUUGUAAGAACUGCACUGGAAAUGGUACAACUUGUACAUCAUGUGUUGAUGGCUCUUAUGGAGCUGAUUGUUCAUCAACUUGCAAUUCCUCCUGUAAGGCAUGCACUGAUACUGGAGUUGAUAAAUGUUCUUCUUGUUAUGAUGGAUUUUAUUUAGCAGACCCAUCUCCUAACUCUUGUAAUAGAUGUACAAACAAUUGUUUAACAUGUUCUAACAGCACUACUUGUUUAACUUGUAUUCCAGGCUAUUACCCAGAUUUACCUAAUUGCACUUAAUGUUAAUAUCCUUGCUUAACAUGUACAGGUGUAAGCACUUGUUAAACUUGUGCCUCUGGUUUUCACGUUAAUGGUAGUAAUGCAUGUGUAUCAUGUGAUGUUGGAUGUGAUAUAUGCUCAAGUUCUGUAUGUUCUAAAUGCAGUAAAGGUUAUUACGGAGAUGGUAAUCCUUCAUGUACUAAAUGCACAUUCCCAUGUUUAGAGUGCACAUCUUCCACUGCAUGUACUAAAUGCUUUUAGGGAUAUAAUUUAAAUGGAAAUGAUUGUGAAUAGGUUUCGACAGGCUGCUAAGUUUGGACAACUGAUGGAACUACCUCUACAUGUUAAACUUGUUAUGAUGGAUUCUACCCAAACAACAAAGCUUGUUCUAAAUGUCCAAACUUUUGUACUACUUGUACCUCUAAUACUUCAUGUGGGCCUUGUUUAACAGGUUCUUAUAAAAAUGGAACUAAUACUUGUACACAAUGUGUCAAAGGGUGUACAACAUGUGACAGCGCUACUGUUUGCACAGAUUGCAUAGAUGGAUUUUAUAAAUAAGCUAAUGAUGUCUGUUAAGAAUGUCCUUAAAAAUGUGUAAAAUGUAGUGACAGUUCUACAUGUUCCGAAUGCUUAGUUGGUUAUUAUUUGAAUGGUAACGCUUGUACUGAAUGUGCAAGUCCUUGUAAAUAGUGUGCAUUAGAUGGUACUGUGAAAUGCUCUGCUUGUGAUUCAGGCUAUUAAAUAUAAAACGAUGCUUGCAAAUAAUGUCCAGAUUUCUGUUAAACUUGUGAUGUUUCCUUUAAAUGUACAUUAUGCAUUGAUGGGUAUUUUUAAGACUCUGGAGAUGGGUCUUGUAAAUAAUGCAUAACUGCAUGUAAUAAGUGUAGUGCAUUGGAUACUUGUGAUACAUGCUAAGUGGGCUAUUAUUACAAUAGCGGAGCAAAACAAUGCUCUUAAUGUCAAAGAGGUUGCAAUGUUUGUGAUUCAACCUAAUGUACUUCUUGUGUCAAUGGAUACUAUGCGGUUGCUAAUUAAUAGUGUUAACAAUGUCCAUCCCCUUGUCGUACUUGUAAUGAUACUACAGGAUCAUGCAAGGAUUGUGUAGAUGGGUACUAUUUUAAUUCUCCAAAUUGUACUGAAUGUCAGAGCCCUUGUAUCAAAUGCUCAGGAGCUGGUAACAAUUGUUAAGCCUGUGAAGAUGGUUACUAUUUAAAUGGAGGCAGUUGCACAGAAUGUCCAACUUAAUCUGUAUGUUAAAAAUGUGCAGUUGAUGCAGGAGAUUCAACCUUGAAAUGUACUGCCUGUGCAGCUGGAUUUUUCAUUGAUAGUGCAAAUAGUUAUGUUUGUCGUCCAUGUGAUACUGCCUGCACGGCAUGCACUACUGGAGCUAAAGUGUGCUAGAGUUGUAUUCAAGGGUAUUACCCUGCAAAUGAUAAAUGUUAGUAAUGCAGUUUAGCAUGCAAGAUAUGCUCAGAUGCCAACACUUGUACUGAUUGUUCAAAUGGCUAUUAUUUAACUGGUUAAUCCUGCAAUCAAUGUAGUUUAAAUUGCAAAUAUUGUAACAGUUCUACUUCUUGCAAAACCUGUGUUGAUGGUGCUUUUAUAGAGAAUGACCAAGUUACUUGCACACUUUGCUCAGGAAAAUGUGCAACUUGUAUAAAUUCUAGCACUAACUGUCUUUCUUGUAUCCCAGGAUAUUAUGGAACACCCACUUGUUCAAGUUAAUGUAGCAACUCAUGCUUAUAUUGUUAAAAUAGUACAACCUGUUCAAAAUGUCUACCAGGAUACUAUUUGGAUAAUUCAAAUGCAUGCCAACCUUGUGAUAACACUUGCACAACAUGCUCAAAUAAUAGUGCUACAUACUGCUUAUCUUGUACAACAGGAUAUUUUUUCAAUAAUAAUUCUUGUGAGUAAUGUUAGAGUCCAUGCACUGCUUGUGCUGUUUCAGCUGAUGCAUGUAGUGGUUGUUAGCCAGGUUUUGCAUUAAUUAAUUCAAAAUGUGAAUAAUGCGAUGCCAUUUGUAAAACAUGUUCUACUUCCAAGAGUAAUUGUGAUUCCUGUUAUGAUGGAUAUUAUAAAAAUAAUGGAACCUGUAAUUAAUGUGCUGAACCGUGUACAAAAUGUACCUACACUGACCCUGGUCCUGCUUAAUGCAGUGCAUGUCCAGAUGGAUACUUCUUAAGUAAUAACGUUUGUGCAGAGUGCAAAGAACCAUGCAAAAAAUGUGAAACAGCUGGCGAUUAAUGUAUAAAUUGUUUAGACGGAUUCUAUAAGGAUCCCAACAAUCCUAAAUGUCCAGUUUGUAAUUCACCUUGUGUUACCUGCAAUACUGAUGGAGAUACAUGUGACUCAUGUAUUCCAGGAUAUUAUUAUGAUACUACUCAAAAUCCUGCUAAAUGUGUUUAAUGCACAACUCCAUGUUUGACUUGCUCUUAUUCAGCCACUGCAGGUGCUGUUGUUUGCAAUACAUGUAUUUCUGGGUAUUUUUAUGAUACCUCAUAAACUCCUGCUGUUUGCACUCCAUGUUAGACUCCAUGUGCAUCUUGCGAAAACUCUGCCACCGAAUGCAGAUCAUGUAAUGAUUCGGCAUUCCAUUUAACCACAACUCCUCCUUUGACAUGCACAUAAUGUACUGAUCCUUGUAAAACAUGUAAUGCUGUUACAACUGAAUGUACAGAUUGUCUUGAUGGAUAUUUCUUACCCUCUGGAUAAACAACAUGCUCUGAAUGUGCAAGCCCUUGUCUUACAUGUUCACCUGAUGCAAAUACAUGUUAAAGUUGUAUUGAUGGGUAUUACCGAAAUGGCAAUGCUUGUAACAUCUGUUAAAAACCAUGCAAUAAAUGUGUUGACUCUUAAACUAAAUGUACUUCAUGUAUAACUGGUUACUACUUAAAUGUAAAUACCUGCAUUUAAUGUACAUCUCCUUGUGCUGAUUGCACCGAUACAGCUUGCCUUGGAUGUAUUAAAGGUUACUUUUGGGAUGGCACAAAAUGUAUUCAAUGUUCUACUGCUUGUACAGCUUGUAAGACAUCAGCUACUACUUGUUCAAGUUGUGCUCCAGGCUAUUUCUUGAAUGGAACUGGAGAUGGCUGCAAUCCAUGCUAAACUCCCUGUAAAGAAUGUGUCACAAGUGCUACAUAAUGUACUUCAUGUUUCACUGGUUUGUAUAAGAAUGGCAGUGGAGCUGGUGCUACCUGCACUUAUUGUCCAUCCCCAUGCAUCAUAUGUGAUGAUUAAAACACAUGCACAACUUGUGCUGUUGGAUACUCCCUCAAAACUAGUGAUCAUCAAUGUUACUAGUGCCAAACUCCUUGUCUCACAUGCUUGACUUCUGCCAGUGAAUGUGACAAAUGUGUUGAUGGCUAUUACAAAGAUGGUGUUAAUUGCACAAUCUGUGCCAAUCCUUGUGCCACAUGUAACGGUGCUGGAACGAAUAGUUGUUUGUCUUGUGAUGAUGGAUUCUACCUUAAUGGAAGUACAUGUACAACAUGUGUUCUUCCAUGUUUAACCUGCUCAAGCUCUGCUCUUUGUAAAUCUUGUGGAGAUGGAUACUUCUUAGAUGGCAGCCAAGCAUGUACUGUUUGCUCCAACAAUUGUGUCACAUGUGUUGAUAGUGCAGGUAAGUGCAAAAGUUGCAUCGCUGGAUACUAUUUAGAUGGUAAUAACACUUGUCAAUAAUGUAAUAACCCUUGUAAAACAUGCGAGAAUACUGCAGGUAAUUGUAAGUCUUGUCCCAGUGCUUACUUCUAAGAUGGAACAACCUGCACAGCUUGUUAAUAUCCUUGUUUCAAUUGUAACAAUCCAGCAAAUAGUUGUUCAUCCUGUGUUGAUGGAUAUUAUAUUUCAGGCACUAAUUGUAACUAAUGUCCUGAUCCUUGUGCAAAGUGUACUGAUCAAAAUACUUGUACAGGCUGUUUGGCAGGAUAUUAUUAUGACGGAUCCUAAUGCUAACAAUGCUUAUAUCCUUGCACCAUCUGCUCAAGUUAAUCAGUCUGCACUGGAUGUGAUUCAGGUCAAUAUGUUAACAAUAAUACAUGUGCAAAAUGCAAUUCUAAUUGUUUAACAUGUGCAGUAACUGAUGUUACAUGUGUCACUUGUCUCACCAACAUGUAUUUGAAGGCUGAUAAUACAUGUGAUAAGUGUACUUUACCAUGUGCUACUUGUGAUACUUCUGCAACCAAAUGUAACUCAUGCAUUACUGGUUACUACUUGAGUGGUUCUACAUGUCAAUUAUGUUUCUCCUCAAUUAUAAAUUGUGCUACCUGUGAUAAUGGCUCCACUUGCAAGACUUGCACUCCAGGAUUUUAUUUGAGUGGAAAUUUAUGUCUCCCAUGCUCUACAUCUGUUGAUGCCUGCAGAACUUGCCAAAUAAAUUAAAGCACUUAUUCCUGCACUGCUUGCACAGUUGGUCUGUUUUUGGAUGUGAGUACCUGUAGUAAAUGCCAAGAUACUAAUUGUUUAACAUGCUCAACUACUUCCUCAGCUUGUACUUAAUGUCUUACAGGGUACUUCCUAGAUAAUGGUGCAUGCACUCAAUGUAAGAGUAAUUGUACCUCCUGCACAAGUUCCAGUACCUGCACAUCUUGUCUUGUAGGUUAUCAAUUAAGCAAUGAUUCAUGCAACAAAUGUAACGACACCAAGUGCACAUCAUGCGUUAACUCAGUAUCUGAGUGCUCAUUAUGCAUAAUAGGAUAUUACCUAACUGCAUCUGGUUGCAGUGCUUGUCCAUCAGGCUGUGCAGCAUGUACUAAUUCAAGCACUUGCUCCUCCUGCCUUACUGGCUAUUAUCUAUCCAACAAUCAAUGCAAUCAAUGCUCUUCCGAUAUUAAUGGCUGCUUAUCAUGUUUGAGCAAUACCAAAUGCACAGCUUGUGAUCUUACAUACUAUUUGAAAAAUCAAUCUUGCACAACCUGCGUAGCUGGCUGUAAUGUCUGCACAAAUGAUACUCAAUGCAUUGUCUGCACAACCAAAUGGUAUUUAGAUUCAAAUAAAACAUGUACCAAAUGUCCGAGUGAAUGUGCUACCUGCUCAAGUGGCUCAGUCUGUCUUACUUGUGAAGCUAAUUAUAAACUCUAAAAUUCCAAUUGUAUCAAAUGCACAGGCUAUUCCAAUCAAUGUUCAGAGUGUGCCAAUGAUUUAUGCUCCAACUGUGUGUCAGGUUAUACUUUGUUAGCUAAUAAUACAUGUGCCUCAUGUCCUCAAAAUUGUGCCACUGGAUGCACUAAAAACACUCAACAAGGCUCCUCCUAUUCAACUAUCUGCGCAGUGUGUUAAGACACUUUUUAUUUGAAUGAAAAUUCGCAAUGCAAUUCAUGCAACACAGGAGGCAAUUUCGCUUUAAGAUGCACCUAUGACUCAAAAACCAAAGUAAUUACACCAACCCAAUGCAUAAACAAUUACUUCUUAGUCAAUAAUUAAUGUUAUCAAGCUUAAACAUCCAAUACAUGUUCAAAACUCUUCUAACCUAAUGAUGGCACUUAAAUUAACUCAUAAUUGUGCUCAGAUUGUUGGCCAUCAUACUUACAAAGUAAUUAAAUCUGCUACAAAUGUGCUAACUGUGCUGACAAUAGUUGCUCAUUAGAUUAAAAUAAUAAACCUGUUUGUAGUUCAUGUGCUAAUUAUUAUUACAGUGAUUCCUCUGCAACUUGUUAAUUAUGUAUAGCAAAUUGUAUUAAAUGCACUGGCACAGGAAUCGAUAACUGUUCUCAAUGUGACACUGGAUAUUACAAGAGUUCAAAUUCGUGUGUGGCUUGUACUACAGACAGCAGCAGCAAGAGCACUUGUUUGAGUUGCUCAAACGAAACCACGUGUUCCACAUGCAUCAAUGGUUAUUAUGAAUCCAAUGGAUCAUGCUUAGCCUGCCAAUUUGGUUGCAGUUAAUGUGUAUCUCCAGGAAAUGUUUGCUCUGGUUGUAUUAGCGGGUACUUCUUACAAAAUGGAGGUUGCGUUAAAGACUAAGGAAACUGUUUAGAAAACUAAUAGAAUCAAAAUAACGGCUGUUAUGUGUGCGCUUAUGGUUUCUAUCCUAUCAAUGGAUGGUUAUCACAAUAAGGCUAAUCAUAAAUUAUCGAUAAUUCUUGCGUAUAAUGCGUCUAUCCUUAAGCAGCAUUUGUUUGCCGAUCUAAUCCAUCUGACAAUUAAGUUUAAUCCGCUAACUUUGGAUCUGUGGCUUCAGGCAAAAAUUCUAAUUAUUUCAAAUCUGCUGCUCCCUUAAGCACAACAAGAUAAACAACUCCAUAAUGUAAAUCUGGAUCUUUUUGGACUGGAUAAAGUUGUAUGCCUUGUCCCACAGUUAAUAACGGUAUUUGCUAAACCUGCAAUAACUUUACAUCCUGCACUUAAAUCUAAUGUAAUCCUUUAUAUUACUUAAUCACCAUCAAAAAUGUCUAAUAAUGCGUACCUAUACCUACAGGAUGCACUGACAUGCAGUAUUCUGAUAAACUGAUGUCACUGGCUUGCUCUAAAUGUAGCUCAGGAUAUACUUUAAUUGGCAACAUAUGUAUUGCUAUUAAUGGUUGUUUGACUAUUGAUUAGAAUAGUGGAGCUUGUACUUAAUGUACAAAUGGAUAUUACUUCAAUUGGGAUUUCAUAUUGUAAACUUCUAAGAGCACCUUGACAACUAACACUAAUUACUAUCAAUACUUCAAUCCAUUUUGCAGUAAAUGCAAUACCGGUUGUGCUACUUGUCCAUCAUUAUAUACUUGUACUCAAUGUUUGCCUGGAUACUUUUGGUAUUAAUCAACACUUACAACAAAUUCAUAUUCCUUUAAGAUUUAUGCAAAUUCUUAAACUAAUGCUUCUGGUCAAUGUGUUGCCUGUCCUAAGAAUUGUUAGACUUGUUCAAGUGCAACUGUUUGUACUACCUGCAAUACUAAUUUCACAGUAGACCCUAACUCAACAAAUGGUGAUUGCAUAUGCUCCUCCCCUUACACCUAUAACUAAUCUAAUUAAUCAUGUUCAACAUCCACAGCUAAUUCCAUUUGUUCUUUUGGAGGAUGUGCUCAGUGUAAUUCUGAUAACACCUAAUGCCAAGUAUGCAGUCCUUAAUACGCUUUAACAAGCUAAACUACAUGCACUUAAUGUCUCAAUUGUAACUUAUGUACCACAUAACCUGGAAAUUCAAAUCCCACUUGCACUGAAUGUGCAGAUGGAUAUUAUAAAGUCUAAGCAUAUGAUGGAGCUCCUAUCACAUGCUCAUUGUGUUCAUCGUCCUUGAAUAAUGCUUUAAGAUGUUAGGGGGUUUUAGAAAAUUAGACUCAAUUAACCAUUAUUUAAUGUGCUGAUAACUACUUCUUAUUUGGAAAUGCUUGUUAUUAAGCUAGUAACUCCAAUUGCUUCACUAUUGCUAAUUCUAACAGUCAAAAUUGCUAGUAAUGUCUUCCUGGAUAUACCUUAUAUGGAAAUAAUUGCGAUUAAUGUAACACCAAGAUUAUAAAUUGCUCUACUUGUAUUUAGAAUUCAGAUUAAAGUGGGUUAACUUGUUAAUAAUGCAUAAAUGGUUAUGUUUUAAAUACUAACACUAACUCUUGUCAGUAAUGCCCCAGCGGAUGCUAGAAUUGUACAAUCAUCGGUUCUACUGCACCAUACACAAUGCAAUGUAGUACCUGUGCUAAUGGCAAUUACAUUGACAUCAAUGGAAAUUGUUAGGGAUGUCCUUAUGAUUGCAAGACUUGCGACUCAAAAUACACUUGUAGCACCUGUAACGAUGGAUUCUAUUUAGUUCAGUCUUCCAUCACCUUCAAUUCCAAAUCCUAUGCUUUCAAACCUUGCUACCCUUGCUAAAACAACUGUGGAACUUGUACUGGACCAAGUGGCAACAUUUGUCUAACCUGUUCAGCUGGCUUUGUUCUUCAAAAUGGAGGCUGUGUCGAUUUAACAUAAAAAAUUCAAAACGACUCCAAUACCUAUAGUUUAGCUAAUUGUUACACUUCUGAUUCCACUGGUUGUACUGUUUGCUAAGCAGGAUUUUUCUUAGAUUAAUAAAGAGUUUGCCAAGAAUGCGUUUCACCUUACAAUAAUUUUGUUUGCGGCAUAAAAGCAGUGUCUCCAACCAACCCAUCUAAUCCAAAUGACAAUUCAAAUUCUUCCAAUACAGAUACUCCUAUCCCAAUUGGAGAUACACCUAUUUAACCUACAAGCAAAUAUGGAUUGAUGUUUGGCAUACUAAUUUUGAUAGUCACCAAUUGAGAUCUAUAGUGUAUCAAUUAAAAUUAUAAAAUAUCAUAUUUGUAAA